AAUAUUUUGUUCCCCCAACUAAGUAGUAACUUCUCUCUCUCUCUCUCUCAUAAAAAGAUCUCAAUGCAAGGAGGUCAAAUGGUGGUUGAGGAGCCUAUCAGGCUCUCUUCAGUUCUAACUUCCUCUAAACUAAGCCUUAUACCAUCACUGACCAAAAUAGUCGGCACGCUUGGACCGAAAUCGCGCUCCAUUGAAAUAAUUGAGGCAUGUCUAAUUAAAGGAAUGUCAGUUGCACGCUUCGAUUUUUCGGGGUUCGAUGGAGACUACCACCAGGAAACGAUUGAUAAUUUGAGGACAGCUAUUAGAAACACAAAGAAGCUUUGUGCUGUUAUGCUAGACACUGUUGGCCCAGAAAUUCAAGUUUGUAAUAAGGGUGCCAAGCCAAUAGAACUGAAGGCCGAUGACCAUGUGACCAUCACUUCAGACGUUGAUAUAGAACCAUCAGCAGAGAUGUUGGCUGUUAAUUAUGACAGACUUGCUGAGAUUGUAAAGAAGGGAGACACCAUUUUUCUUGGUCAGUAUCUCUUCACCGGAAGUGAAACCACCUCUGUGUGGCUUGAGGUUUUGGAGACAAGAGGUCAAGAUGUUAUUUGUCUGGUUAAAAACAGUGCCACACUUGCAGGCUUUAUGUUCACCGUACAUGUUGCCCAUGUCCGUAUCGAAUUACCCACUUUAACUGACUAUGAUAAGAAGAUUAUUUCAAGCUGGGGUUCUCAUAACAAUAUUGACAUUAUAGCUCUUUCACAUACCCGCCAUGUAGGAGAUGUGCAAGAGCUUAGGGCCUUCCUUAAAGCACAAAAGUUGCAUGAAACUCAAAUAUUUGCCAAAAUUGAAACAGUAGAGGGACUGAAACAAUUCGAUGAGAUUCUCCAUGAAGCGGAUGGUGUUAUCCUUUGUCGUGGGAAUUUGGGAAUUGACUUGCCACCAGAAAAGGUUUUUUUGUUCCAGAAGUCUGCCCUACAUAAGUGCAAUAUGGUCGGAAAGCCUGCCAUAGUUACUCGGGUCGUUGACAGUAUGACAGAAAAUCUACGGCCAACUCGUGCAGAAGCAACUGAUGUUGCUAAUGCUGUUCUGGAUGGUACUGAUGGCAUCCUUUUAGGAGCAGAGACGCUACGAGGCCUAUAUCCCGUUGAGGCAAUCAAAACUGUUGGAAGAAUGUGUGCUGAAGCUGAAAGUGUUUAUAAUCAGGCCCUUCACUUCAAGAGAGCACUUAAGUAUCUCGGAGAACCGAUGUCGCACGCUGAGUCUGUUGCUUCAUCAGCAGUACGUGCUGCUAUUAAGGUCAGGGCUGCAAUCAUUGUAGUUUUCACUUCCUCUGGUGGAGCAGCAAGGUUGGUUGCCAAGUACAGGCCAACAAUGCCUGUGUUUGCUGUUGUCAGCAAUCUUCUCCGAACAAAGUCGCUGAAAUGGACUUUCACUAGCUCAUCACAGGUUAGGCAGUUGCUUGGUGUAAGAGGAGUUUAUCCAUUCUUGGCUAGACCUAUUGUGGCUACUUCUGGUGAAUCUAGUGAAGAAUCAGGCUUGAAAAUGGCCUUUGCUCAUGGUAAAUCUCUGGGAUUGCUCAAACCUAAUGACCAGGUGGUGAUCUUCCAAAAAGUAGGAGAUUCUUCGGUGGUCAAGAUCGUUGAAUAUGAAGGCUAAACAAACCAUCCAUUUUCAUUUAUUUUUUUGCCC